AUGACCACCGCGACGAUAUUUAUUCGGGAUCGUGAACUCAAGUCAAUGAAGUGUCGCGCCUUGUUGGAUACAUGUGCUACCGCCAAUUUCAUUUCCGAGGGUCUCGCGAGACGUCUGAGGCUCCCUAUAACAACACGCGCAUUGCCAGUCGGUGCAAUCAAUUCAAUGAACACGACUUCGAAAGGUGUCAUUCGAAUUACUAUUCAAUCGCGACACAGCCAGAUCAAUUUAUCGAUACGAGAUAACGAUUUAUAUCUACAAAAUACUUGUCUCGGCCGGGUCGUUGCGGGCGGAAGCUCGUCGCGGAAUCAGCCGAAAACUGCGAUAUGUAAAUUGACUGGUCUAGAUCAACAGAUCGCGAGAUUCUGGGUGAUUGAGGAGAUAUCUGAUCCCACCGAUACGCCGAAAUCUAACGAGGAAAUCGAAUGCGAAGAGCACUUCAUUAAAUUUGUUACUCGUAACCGCGACGGUCGAUAUACAGUGAGACUACCAUUUCGCAAGGAUAAGAUGAGCCUCGGCGAUUCGCGAACCGUCGCGCUCAAACGUUUAAAUUCGCUCGAACGGAAGCUCGACUCAGAUCCAUUGUUAAGGGCCGCCUAUUCGCAAGUAAUACAGGAAUAUUUAGAUCUGAAACAGAUAAUUCCGGUGAAUAACCCUUCCAAUGAAGGAUUUUAUAUGCCGCACCAUGCGGCAAUCAAAUCAUCAAGCAGCACGACCCGGGUUCGUGUCGUGUUCGAUGCAUCGGCAAAACGAGCAAUGGCACAUCCAGAUAUAGAAAAAAUGUAUAGGCAGAUAUUGUUGCACGAGGAUGAUCAGAUAUACCAACGAAUCCUCUGGCGCCAGAACGAUCAAAUAAAAACUUUACAACUUAACACCCUUACAUUCGGCGUAUCCUCGUCGCCGUAUCUGGCUAUACGAACAAUUAAAAAGCUAGCCGAUGAUGAGCACGACGCGUAUCCUGACGCCGCCCGAGUUCUCAAAACGCACUUAUACGUGGAUGACUUAGUUACAGAGGAUAACCCGGCCGACGCGCUAUCACGGGGUCAGUUACCGCAGGCUUUCCUGAAUAACCAAUCAUGGUUUACCGGACCAUUGUGGCUAACGAAAGAGGAAGGCGAACGGCCUAACGGUAUCAUAGAAUUAAAGGAAUUACCCGAAUUACGAAAAAAUAUAU